AUGAGAAAUCGGCUUUGUGGAGUAGUGAUAAAUGAUGCUAUAUACAAUACAGAAGGUGCAAAUAAAAUUAACAGGUCUCAAUUUUCCAAAAUUGCAAAAGGUAUAGAAGAGUUAUUCCCUUCAGAAUCUGAGUUUGUUUAUUUCAUUCCAUAUUUUAGAGAAGGCAAUAAAGUUAGCCCUAAUCGAGGUAAACUGUAUGAUAAAUAUUGCAAUAUUAAAAGAGAAAUCAAUAAAACCAAUACAGCAUUUAAACAAAAUUUGUGCAACAAAGAUGAUGCAGUUUUUACGAACGAAGAUGAAAUUUUGGAUUCAAUAAAUUGGCUAAAGCACAACAUUGAUCCUGAAAUAACUUUAUAUAAGCUGUGGGCAGAAACUGCAAGUUAUCGUUUACAAAAACAAAGUAAUGAUAAAAACAAUCUUAAAUACCCAGCUCUAAAAAACUCGAAGGGUCACAUACUUAUUGAUAUGGAUUUUGAUAAUUUAUAUCCUCAAAAAAAUCAAAAUCUGAUACAAAAGUUUGAUAUUUAA